UUACAGCAGUACAGCAUAAAAUUAAUUGAAGUGUUAAUGAAUAAUUGAAAUUUAUUCGUGCUAUCUACGGUAUCAGCAAUGGCGCCAUGCUUCUCGAAUAGCAUCAGUGAGUCAACGAGAUCAAUCAUCACGAUGACAUCAGCUUUGUCACAGCUACAGCAAUAUUUCACACUUAUCUGAAACCUCCAUUUUACCAUAACCCAAGAAUUAUAUAAAACAGAAACAGUCUUCUAAUCGUUGAAGUCUUCACCAUGCUUCUCAAACUGAUAUUCUUCACAAUUUUUCUUCAUGCCAUCCACAACUCCGCUUCCGAGCAUCAUAGAUCGCCCACAAAGCUACAAGAAAAUAAGCAAAUAGACUAUGACUUCACUCUGGUCGGCCAUCAAAGACUACAUCAACUGGAGAAAGCUCUCCAGCGAUUUUUGUCCAAACUGACGAAUUCCAUGAACGAAACAAUUACAUUGCGAGCAAGCUCGAGGGACUCGAAAGAUGUGCAAGUAUCCAUACGCAGAAUGUGCGACUCCGUAAGAGGAGCUCUUGCAAAAUUUGCAGAGGACUGUAGACUGAUGAAUACUGUACGAUCGUAUAAGCAGAACACGAACAAUGAUCCACUGUCUGAUGACUGGUUCUCUGAAAGUGUGCUACAAGGAGCUUACAUAUUCCGAGAUGUUGCGAACGUGGUUAACGAAGUUGGAGUACAGAUUCGGUCGCAAUUUCGAGAUGCGAAUGCAACGAAGCACCCAAACCAGCCCGAAAGCCACCAAUUCCUAGGCGUAAUACACAACGCAGCAGACUUCACCGAGACCCUAUCUCAAUGUCUCCAGUCCACCACCAAAUCUCGCAAAUCCCCCACAAGUCGCGCAAUACUGAACCUCGCCAAAAACCCACCUAAAACCGCAGUCAACAUCUUCAGAUCGAACCUAAUCUCCCGUCGUCCAAAAACAUUUGUCAGAAGUAACAACCAGAAAUACUGGCACGCGGUUCUUUGUCUGUCCAUAAUGAACAACGAAGGAAGUUACGAAAGCUGCAUGAAUGAUUUGCGGAAACUCGAUGAGUGUCUGACCGUCUCGAAACAGCGAUCGAGCAACAAAAGGAAAAGCGUCGACGCGAAUUCGUGGGUGAAGGCGAUUGAACGCUUGAGCGACUGCGAGAUUCAAGCGGAUAAGCUCGGCCAGGUUUCCUGUAAAUCGGCUCGAGGAAAGUCGAGGAGGAUCAAGCAGAAGGUGAGAUACAUGUUCGAGAGGAUAUUGGAUAGGAAAAUAAGAAAGGAAUCGGCUUUACAUCGAGCUGCCACGGAUUUGGGUGAUGUUUUGUCGGCUAGUGAAUGGGGACGGAAACUUGUUGACGAACUUUUGACGUAUUUUGGGAUUUUUGAUGAUGGACAGAGAAAGGUGCGGUUGGUGAAAGACGUUGGAACUCCGAGAUACAAAGAGCUGUCAGAAGCGCUGCAAACAUACAGAAAAGGCAUACUAAUGAGAACAUUCAACACGAUCACUAAACUGCACCGAUCGAUCGCGAAUUUCGAACAGUUCCUCAUACACGGGAUCAAAGAUACACUGAACGAGGCUUGGCAGAGUCAUUUGAAGGUUUUAUCAAGCCUGAUGGAGUGGAUGACGAAGCUACUGGAGUUGUAUAGCGGCGCCAUAAGUGAAAAUGGAGAGAUCUCUUCAGGCACAUUAACUGAUAAUCAGAUGAAUGAAAAUGAAAGUUCGAACUCUGAUGAUUCGGAACAGUCUAUGGCUCGUUCUAAACCUGAAAUUAUGGAAGAAGCAGACGCCUCCAUGAAGAGUUUAAUAGAAUCCAUGAAUCGUGUGAGCAGAUAUCGAAGCACGAACGACAGCAUGUUGUCCUGUCUCGCGAAUAAUCUUCUUCUGGUUACAAUGUUCAUGGAGACGAUUGGUUUUGUCUCCACGUUGUAUUGCUUCGAUUAUAGCAUGAAAGAGGAAGAUACUAAUUCAAGGAAGGGGAAUCGACCACGCAGAUUUGUACCUUUCGAUUAUAACGAAGUUGGUCUUGUUUCACAGGAUUUGAUGCUUUUGGAGUCUCGUGGCAAUCAUACUUCUUUAAUUGUUUAUUAGAAUAAUAAAAAUUAUAAUCCUUGAAAAUGUAGAAAAUGUAUGUAGUAUACUAGAUAUGUGUAGUGUAGUGUACAAGAUUUACUAAUAUUAUAAUUGUAUGGAAUUAUUAAUUGUAUAGUGCACA